AAAAAGGAAGCGACGCUGGUAAACCUCGGGAUGGCGCGCAUCGGUGCUUCCGUUGCGAAGGUGACAGGCGAUAAAACCAAGCUUUUCAUUGAAAGAAAAUGUGUCAUCGACCGAAUUAUCACCGAAAGCGAGCCCGAACGACCAGUUGUCCUACCGGCCUUACAAUUAACAGGUUUGACUGCAACUCUAUUCCGUUUGCGCUUGGUUGCUCCUGGGUUAUACGUUGCCAUUAGCGAGGGUACAUGCGAGUUACCG